AUGUUCUCGGUUUCGGUACGGCUUGCGCAUUCACGAUCUGCGGCGUUGCGGGCCGCACGGCACACAACGAUGCUGCCUACACGGAGUGCGCGCUCAUACGCUACUCGACCCAUCGUCCUUCCGACGACUUGCCCCUCUUGCGGAACACCAUUACCCACGCGUCUGCCUGCAUGCCCCAAAUGCCGAUACAUACAGCGCAUACCGGAUGACUAUGAUUAUUACGACCUUCUUCGCACCGAGAAGUCUGCGAACCCCUUUCAGUUAGACAGAGGCAAGUUGAGACGCAACUUCUUAGAACUACAGCGUUACAUCCACCCUGAUGUCUGGUCACCAUACGGCGAUGACAAAGUCGACGUGGCGCGCGACUUAUCCGGCGUAGUCAACAAGGCAUACAACACAUUACUCGUACCACUCUCGCGUGCCCAGUAUAUUCUGCGUGACCACGGCCUUGAUGUCUCUGAGACGGAUCAAGUCGAAGACCCACAGCUGCUCAUGGAAAUACUUGAAUCAAGAGAAGCAUUGGAAGAGGCGCAGGCUCAAACCGACGUCGACGCAAUUCGCGUGGAGAAUGCAGAGCGCAUAAGCGCAGUGGUGAACGAGAUUGACGAGCAUAUCGGUGCUCGGGAUUGGAAUGCGGCCCACAGAGCGGCGGUGAAAUUAAAGUAUCUGGAAGGCAUCGAGCAGGCAGCCAAGUCAUGGCCAUCAGCGCCCUUCGACCACUGA